UGUCAGACCAUUCUGAUGACACGGAAAGCCGCGAUUGGACAGGGCAAAACGGAUUGUGAGGCACCAUUGAACGAGACCUUGGAGACCCCAGCUUUUCCGUGGAACUCCAAUGAUACGCCGGUUUAUUGCGAUCCGGAAACAACGCCGGGGUCUACUCAUCGACAAUAUCACGCUGCCGAUCCAUCUGCUCGGAAGCUUGCAGGACAGGCUGACAGCCUCACGAGAUCCAUCAUUUGUGUGAUGGGGGAUAGUCUCAUAGGGCUGAUCAAGGACGAACGGCAAUUUCUAUUGAGUUUGUCCACGAUGUUGUGGGUGGAGAAGCAACUUCGGACACAAGGAUCUUGCUUCUAAUUUUUCGUGAGCUGCGAAUGUUCAAUAAAUCAAGUUCAGAAAUUGGAUCACUACUGCAGGCUACCGUCAUCAUUGAUGAGAUGGACCCUGUAGCGGAGCUUAUCACGAGCUUCAACGAACUGAACCCGUCUAUUGUCGACGAAUUAGACGAGGAACCAAGCCCGCUCGAGUUCAUGCGGUUUGUGGCCCGCAACACACCGUUCGUCGUUCGCCAAGGCGCCAAAGACUGGACAGCUACGAAAGCGUGGUCUUCGGGAUAUCUCUUGAAGGCUUUGUACGGCCAUCAUGUCAACGUGGCAGUAACUCCAUUCGGGAACGCCGACGCCUCGACCACCAAUGAACAAGGGCACACCGUAUUCGCAAAACCGCAGGAGGAAGACCAGCCGUUCGAGGAGUUCCUCGAGUACCUGACCAGCCAGGAAUUGGCACCUACUGCAGAGCACACCGAGGUUAGGUAUGCACAAACACAGAACGACAACCUUCGGCAUGAAUACGUGUCGCUUUUCUCUGAAGUCGAGAAGUCUGUGCCCUUCGCUCGUAUAGCACUGCAAAAGGAGCCGGAUGCCAUCAACAUGUGGAUUGGCAACUCCAAAUCCGUGACGGCGCUGCACCGGGACAACUAUGAGAACAUCUACGUCCAAAUAGCGGGACAGAAACACUUCGUCCUCCUCCCGGCGCUAUGCCAGCCGUGCAUCAACGAGCAAGAGCUGCGCCCCGCGACCUAUGUGCGGGACGGAAACGGUCUGACCUUGCAGCUAGAGGAGGGAGACAAUGUCCCCUUUGCUACAUGGGAUCCGGAUGAGCCAGCGGAGAAAACAACUAGGUACUCGAGUCUAGCACGCCCGGUUAGACUCACGCUGAAUCCUGGGGAUAUGCUUUACCUGCCAGCCAUGUGGUAUCACAAAGUGUCGCAGUCUUGUUCCGAAGACGGGCUAUGUGUAGCCGUAAACUAUUGGUACGACAUGGAGUUUAGCGGACCGCUUUAUCCCUUGACUUCUUUCGUUCGAAACAUCAACUUGGCCAACAGUAGGUAGAGUAAAUAAAUCAGGGGCCACAUGCACGAAGCUCCACAAGAUAAGUGCGGCCAGAUGUGAACAUGA